AAACUUAGAAUUUAAUGCAUAUAUUUUUAACUCAAGAAGCAAUCGCCAGCCAUAAACUCAUCUUGAGAAACAAAAUUGAGAAAACUGCGGCUUGAAUAGAUAUCCGAAUCUUUGAUACUUCCGUUUACAUCUCGAUUCCUGAUUGCUUAGACAAGAACAAUAAGAGAGUCAACGAUGGGAAUCGUUGGAAAUCUGAGUUCUGACCAGCUUCAGUUCUUCAAUUCUCAAGGGUAUCUUGUUAUCGAAUCUUUCUCGAGUACUGAAGAGGUUGAAGCGUUACGAAAGAGGAUGGACCAGUUGCUUGAUGGCUUUGAUUGCUCUUCCUCCGCCUCAAUUUUCUCCACCAAGAACCAGCAAAGGACAAGCGAUGACUACUUCUAUGACAGCGCUGAUAAGAUUUCCUUUUUCUUUGAAGAAAAAGCAUUUGAUGAUGAUGGAAAGUUAAAGCAACCAAAGCAGCUCUCUAUAAACAAAGUUGGCCAUGCUUUACACGAUCAUGAUCCCAUUUUCAAAAAGGUCUCUUGCUCGGAUAAAAUGUCAGGCAUACUACAGUCAUUGGGAUACAAAAGGCCAGUAAUCAUUCAGUCAAUGUACAUAUUCAAGCAACCAGGUAUAGGUGGUGAAGUGGUUCCUCACCAGGACAAUUCAUUUCUAUACACCGAUCCACCAACUUGCACAGGGCUAUGGCUGGCUCUAGAAGAUGCCACCAUUGUUAACGGUUGUUUAUGGGCAAUUCCCGGGUCCCACAAAAAUGGCCUUGUGAGACGAUUUUUGAGAGAUGAUAAAGGCGUUCACUUUGACAAGCCCUCCCCAUCUUAUGACCAAAAAGAUUUUGUUUCCAUUGAAGUGAAAGCCGGAUCUUUGGUGCUUAUUCAUGGCGAUCUUAUUCAUCAAAGCUUUGAAAAUCAAUCCUCAAAAUCAAGGCAUGCUUAUAGUUUGCAUGUAAUAGAUACAGAAGAUUGCAAAUGGGCUGCAGACAACUGGAUUAGAAGGAAUGUGGAUCCUGAGCCCCUAUAUGUAUCUUAGUUUUGAGCUCUUUGAUCUGAACAGUGGAAUUAUACACAUUUUAGUAUGCAUCCUUUUUUUCUGGGUAUGUUUGUAAUAAUAUGCUACGAGAUCUUCCUUCGAUUAACUGAAACAUGUUUUAGGAAAUCUUAGCAUUUGUUGUUUAGAAUAUUUCAGUGAAUAUUA